UUUAUUUCAAUUUUAGAUGGAUGCUUUUCUUUUUCAUUUAAGCGAGCAUUGCCUGUACGGUGGGCUUAAAACAUAUCCACACUUCCUGUUCUGGUCUAAUUUUCGUUUCGUAUCUCCAGUCUCCAGUCUCCAGAGUUUGCUUCAACUUGCUCCCGAAGCCAGCUUGAGCUUGUAUGUAGCUCUGUAGCUUGUUGUGUUGACAACAUGGAAGAACUUGACCCGUCUUGCAACCCGCUGGACCCACUGCUGGUUGACAAUAAAGCGGCUCCAGAUGCCCCGGCAAAGGAAGUAGAAACUCCACCUGCUCCACCUCCCCCUCCUCCUGGCCCCAAUGCAGGCUUUCAGGACCCCAACACGUUUGACAUUAUCAGAGCCACACAGUAUGGGGUGUUUCACAGAGUCCGAGAACUUGUUGAGUCUGGCUACGAUGUCAACCAAAUGGACCAUGAAGAUGUCAGUCUGCUGCACUGGGCUGCUAUCAACAAUCGCACAGAUAUUGUUAAUUACUUCAUGUCAAAGGGUGCAAUUGUCGAUCGCUUUGGAGGUCACUUGAAUUCGACACCUCUGCACUGGGCGACAAGACAAGGUCACCUCGGUAUGAUUGUCCAGCUAAUGUCUUUUGGGGCUGAUCCAUCUCUUAGAGAUGGGGAAGGCUGCAGCUGCAUCCACCUUGCUGCCCAGUUUGGUCACACUGCCAUAGUGGCGUACUUAAUAGCCAAGGGUCAGGAUGUUGACAUGCUGGACAAGGCGGGCAUGACCCCUCUCAUGUGGACUGCUCACCGUGUCUUUGGCUACGACCCUUCCCGUCUCCUCCUGACGUUUGGUGCAACUCUGAACAAAGCUGAUAAGCUCCAUGGGAACACAGCAUUACACUGGGCUUGCUCAGUAGGCAACCAUAUUGUGAUUAAAAUGCUUCUCAACAAAGGUGCUGACAUGUAUGUUGUUAAUCACAAGGGCGACUCCCCUCUUGACAUUGCCAUCAGCCAGUGUAAUGCUGAGUUGGUGAAGAAGCUGAGAGCGAUGCAGGCUACUGCACAGGCAACAAAACAGAGCUUCCUUGGGAAAUAUGCCGCAGAUAAGAUUUUUAGACGAAGAGUGUGCUACGUUUUUCCUUUUAUUGCUCUGUUUCUCAUUGGAUACAUCCCAGAGAUGAGUGUUGCCUGGGGCUACAAGCUUUUAAUGUUCAUUCCUUUUGCUGCGGCAACUCAUUACACGAUGAAACACUUUGUUGACGAAGAUGCGGCCAAUACUAUCCCUCUUGCUGUAUACCUGUCCACCAAGUUCUGGAUGUAUUUCACCUGGCUCUUCUAUUUGCUACCAUAUUUUGGUAGUGACCCCACCAUCCAUAUCAUUUUUACCCUGAACACACUCUUGUUGUCUUUCAACUUUUGGAAAGCAUGGAGAACGGACCCAGGCUAUCUCAAGAGUAACAGAGAGGAUAAAAUAAAGACAAUUUUGGAGUUGGCGGAAACACAGACUUUGAAGUUCGAACAGUUCUGCAGCACAUGUUUAAUUCGAAGACCGCUCCGGUCUAAACAUUGCAAUGUCUGCAAUCGGUGUGUUGCUAAAUUUGACCACCACUGUCCAUGGGUGGGUAACUGUAUCGGUGCGAACAACCACAAGUAUUUCAUGGGAUACUUGUUUUUCCUCUCAGGAAUGUUAAUAUUCUGCCUUUAUGGAUGCCAUCUAUUUUGGUCUGUAAACUGCCCAAUUGCCUUCUAUGAAGAUGGCAUCACGGGCGUCCUUUACAAGCUGUUCAAGGCGUCUCCCUGGAUUGCCUGGAUUGGCCUAAAUGCCUUGUUCCACAUUGUGUGGGUGUCCUCUCUCUUUGUCUGCCAGAUGUACCAGAUCUCAUGGCUGGCCAUGACUACCAACGAGCGCCUGAACCAGAUGCGGUACUCCCACAUGCAGAAGAUGCCGGGCCCAGAGGAGGGAUGUAAGAGAGACCAAGGGGGACACGGCCACAAUCAUGGGGGUCAUGGACACUGCCAUGGGGGGAAACCAACGCCCAAGGUUGUCUCACCAUUUAACCGAGGAGUUGUGAAGAAUGUGGUGGAUGUGAUGGGCUGGCGUUGCUGUGGGUUGUGCCGACCCCUUAAGGUGGACUGGACGACAAAAUUCACCCUGGACUCGGACUCUGGGCCCAACUACCAAGCCUCCAACUUCCACGCUGGCCGGGAGAACUACCAGUUUGUUUGAACUGCUUUCCCGUGAACAUUUUCUCUGUCUCUUUCCUUUUAUUGUUUUGUGUCAACAGUGGGGUCCUUUUGUAAUAGACUGGCAGAGAAUUGAACCUUUCCUUUGACUCUGAUCCGUUUUGUGGCUGCUUGCUUCCACAGAAGUUCCCCUGGGUCCAGCACCUAUCAGUCACUCAUCUAGUGAAAAAAUUGCCUCAGUGUCAAUUGCAUUUUCAGAACCUCUGUAAGGCAAAGUGAAUCAAUCAAAAGGUAAAUAUACCAAUGUGUAUUCAAUAGGAAAUGCAUUGGAAAGUGAUAUUGAACUGAAAAUGGUCAAAGUAUCAGGUUUCCAAAAUUAUUGAGGUGAAUAACAGUGGCCAAAAACUACCGAAUCAAUUGACAGUGAAGGCUCAGACUGUGUGUGCCUGCAAGAGCAAAUAAACAAGACGAACACAUAGCAGAAGCAUACAUAAUUUUGGAAAAUGGUCUCUACAGUUGUUUGAGCUUGUGAUGUUCUGAGCAUGGACUGACUGGAUUGCUCUUGUCAUUGCAUCUUUUUGUGGUGAUUAGAUUGUGAUAUUUUUACUUUUUGUGAUCAAACAGGUGUAGAAAGACUAAUGAUUUUUGCUUACGUAAAGAAAAUAGUUGUUUUAUACCUAAGUCAUCAUGUUUCCAAUUUGCUUUCAAACCCGGUUUAAACUCAAAGCAAAGUUAGGUACCUGUCGGUUUAUUGUAAGCAGAUUCCACUGUAUUUCUGCAGCUCAUGUAUUUCUGUUGUUGUGAGCAUAAUGGUCUCCUCAACUACCUCUUUACUAAACUCUGCUUCUCCUGAGAUGCCUGUUUAUGCUGAAGAAAUGUGCUGGGCGGGUAUUUUCAGGAUUUUUCUCUUUCUUUUUUUAGAAUUGUCUGCAGUUCGCUGAAAAAUUAUUUAUUCUCCUUGAUUUUCCUUGAAUUCUUCUUAUCUUUGCUUUUGGUCGCGGCGCUUGAAGAAUAGUAACAGGCGUGCUGUUGUUUUGCUGUUCCUCCGAGAAUUUUGGGAUGUCUUUUGUUAUUUGUAUUGAUCAAUAAGUCCUCUAAAUGAGGGUCCACAUUGUGCAGCUGGAAAAGAAACUCUUCAUGUAUAAUUCAUGUAAGCAGUUUAUCAAUCCAAAGAAACUCAGGAAAAAAAGGGGGAGGAGAUAGAAGGUUCUGGCGUGGUGAGAAGACUGUUGGUGUUGUCAAUGCAUUGCCGCUUUCAUCAUGGGGAUGGGGGUCGGAUUACUUUGAUGUUGUGUUCCUGUGACCUGCCGCCAAGGGAUCAAGCUUGCUUCCAGUUUCUAUCAUGUUAAUGUUGUAGCUUUGAAAUUUGUGAUUUCUUGGAGUAUUCGAAGCAGUUUAUCAAUUUUUAAAGCUUCACUCUAGAUUUCUAAAUCGGAUCUUUUUCUUUUGGUUACUGUGACGAGAAAAAAUCCUACAAGAUUGUCUUUAUGGAAUAUGUAGUGUUUUUUUCUUUUUCAGUUUGUAACUUAAAGAGAAAACAGUUGUUUCCCUUUUUUUCUUGUUUUUUUUUUUUUAAUAGUGCACUACUUGUGUAGUCCAAGCCUUCAAAAGCUCUGUAGUUUUUUCUGAGUAGCGUUGUCCCCGUGUAGGAUGUCUUAUAACUGAACUGCUCACUUAGUUUUCGUUAUUACCAAGCACACAGGACAGUAUUUCAUGUGAUUUAUUUCCGCUUCUCCGUGUUUCUGCUAACUUGUUUUAUUUCUUUGUGUUGAAUCUGCUGAACGUUGUUUUUUGGUCAAUUACCAUUACGAGUUUGCUUUUUUUAAUCUAUGUACAUGAUUAUUGCUAGGUUUUGAACUUGCAUCUUGUUCUGCCGUACUGGAUACUGGCUGAACAAUCAGCUUACUCUUUGAAUUUGCACACCUUGUUGGGUUUUUUUUUUUGGGGGGGGGGUGUUUUUAGACAUGUGUAAUCAGUAUGUGCACUUAACAUUUCUUUUGUUUCUCGUUUUACGAAAUUGUAUUUUUUUUUUUUUUUAAGAAUAUGUGAUGUGAGAGACGGAGUUUGGGUGUAGCAGGGGGGGGGGGGGGGUGUCACAUGUGGGAAAGGUGAAUGUACCAUUUCUUAUGUUUUAUCGCUUAUACAGCACCAGCAUAACAAUUUUGUACUUCUCAUUCAUCAGUGGUUAUCAUGACAUAUAGUUUUUGACAAUUCAUUGCCUUCUGCAGCUCGUUCAUUUUCAUCAGCAGUUUCAGCUUUGUGAUUCCAUGUGUUCUAACAUCCUUGUGGCAUAUAAUAAUUAUUGUUGAUGUGAAGUUCAGUUUCAAGGUAUUCUGUUUGUUUUUAAAUGAUGAGUAAAUAAUAAUGACAAUAAUAAAUGACAUUUAUAUAGCGCUCAACCCAGAUUAAAGUACACAGGCUCUGAGCGCUUGCAGUACAAUACAACAGUAACAAAUAACAUUUUGUUAUCACUAAAAGUAAAUCUCUCCAAAUAUUCAUCUUAUUAAUUUAAAAACAGUAUUGAGUAUUGGCUAUGCCUCUCUUUAAUCAGAAAAAAAGGAAAAAA